AUAUUUUAAGUGGCAAAAACAUAAAAACAAACAUAACCCCCAAAUAGUACAGAAAAUUCGAAUAUAGUGGUUGAUUCUGCUAUCCGAAAACCUUUUCGCGAUGCAGAAGUAUGAAAAGUUGGAGAAAAUCGGCGAGGGCACAUACGGCACCGUUUUCAAAGCAAAAAACCGCGAAACACAUGAAAUCGUAGCCCUCAAAAGAGUGCGCUUGGACGACGAUGACGAGGGGGUACCAUCUUCAGCCUUACGCGAAAUAUGCUUACUGAAGGAACUUAAACACAAAAACAUCGUCCGCUUGUACGAUGUCUUGCACAGUGAUAAGAAAUUGACUCUAGUUUUUGAACACUGUGAUCAAGAUCUCAAGAAGUAUUUUGAUAGCUUAAACGGUGAUAUUGAUCUAGACGUAGUUAAAUCCUUCAUGUACCAGUUAUUAAGAGGUCUAGCGUUUUGUCAUAGUCAUAAUGUGUUACACAGAGACCUGAAACCACAAAAUUUGCUCAUCAACAAGAACGGCGAGUUGAAAUUGGCCGAUUUCGGGUUAGCGAGGGCUUUCGGGAUUCCGGUGAAGUGUUAUUCGGCCGAAGUGGUGACCUUGUGGUACCGGCCUCCCGAUGUCUUGUUUGGGGCCAAAUUGUACACUACGUCGAUUGAUAUGUGGUCAGCAGGGUGUAUUUUUGCGGAAUUGGCCAAUGCCGGUCGGCCGUUAUUUCCGGGUUCUGACGUUGAUGACCAAUUGAGGCGGAUUUUUAAAUUAUUGGGGACCCCCACUGAAGAGACUUGGAGCGGAAUGACUCAACUUCCGGAUUAUAAACCGUUUCCACUUUAUCAGCCUAACAUGAGCUUAUCUCAGGUUGUGCCUAAAUUAGGGAACAGAGGUCGAGAUCUUUUACAAAGACUACUAGUUUGUAACCCCAUGGGAAGGAUGUCCGCAGAUGACGCCAUGGCGCACUCUUAUUUCAGUGAUUUAAAUCCUGCAAUUAAAAAUGACCGAUGCUAACUUAUUUUUUACUUAAUUUUAAAACGUUCGUUGUCUAGUCAUAACCAAGUUAUUUUUAUCUUGUUUAUUUGGGGUGUACAACAGGUACACUGACCGGCAUAAUUAUUGCAUCAUUUAAAAUUUAAGAAAAUGUCAAAUUAUCAAAAUCACCGCUAAUUUCCGAGAGACAACAAUAAAAAACUGAGCUUUCCAAACUCGAGGAGGCAAUACCAGGUAUUAGGGGUUGCCUACGAAUGUAAGAAAAGGUUAUAUAAACUAAAGAACUGAUCCGCACGGAAUUCACUUUUUUGUUUCAUAACUUAACGUUAGUUACAGCUUGUUCCAAGUCUGGUGGCCAACUGACGUUGUCAAAAAUGACUGAAUUUUGACACUAAACAUAUGUUUACUAUUAAAAAAAUAUUGUUCAUAGGCGUCGUAUGAAAUAAUAUUUCAAAACCACUCUGUUAUU